AAACUAACCGCAUCACAAUAAACCAUCCGUCUAUCUAGGUGUCCUCAACAUUGAAGAAUGGGGAAGAGCUGGCUCCCGCUACUGGCUUUUUUAGUCCUUUGGAAGAUAGUUCCAAAUGAAGCGGCCAUCACUGUGGGUGGUGGUGUUGGCAUUGGUAUAGGCAAUGGUGGCGGCGUUGUCGGUGGUGGUGGUGUUUGGAUUGGUGGAGGGAUCGGCAACAGCCAAACUCCCCCUUCAGGCCCUUGGGUGUCAAAGCUGAGUGCUGCUUACACCGCUCUCCAAGCAUGGAAAUCUGCGAUCACUGACGACCCAUUGGGGAUUUUGAAGACUUGGGUUGGCUCAGAUGUGUGUGCUUAUAAAGGGCUGUUUUGUGCUAUGGAUUCUGAUUCUGAAACAUUUGUUGCUGCCAUAGAUCUCAACCAUGCGAACCUCCAAGGCAUUCUUGUUGGUGAACUGUCUGUUCUUACAGAUGUUUCGAUCAUUCAUCUUAACAGCAACCAGUUCUCGGGCACCGUUCCCGACACUUUCAGAGGCCUUUCAUCGCUUCAAGAGUUGGAUCUCAGUAACAAUCAUCUCUCGGGUUCUUUUCCUAGAGUCACUCUGUACAUUCCAAAUCUUGUUUAUUUGGACCUUAGGUUCAACAGCUUCUCGGGACCCAUCCCUCAAGAUCUAUUCAACAAGGGGCUCGAUGCGAUCUUCCUUAACAACAACCAGUUCGAGGGUGAAAUCCCUCAAAAUCUGGGGAGUUCUCCAGCUUCGGUGAUAAACUUGGCGAACAACAAAUUCAGUGGGAACAUCCCAGCUAGUUUCGGCUUCGCGAGUUCAAAAUUGAAGGAGAUUUUGCUUCUUAACAACCAGUUAACAGGCUGCAUUCCACAAGGCGUUGGGGUGUUCUCGGAGAUGCAAGUUUUAGAUGUGAGCCACAACUCACUCAUGGGUCAUUUGCCAGACACAAUCUCUUGCCUGACUGACAUUGAGGUUCUCAAUUUGGCGCACAAUCAGCUAUCUGGUGAGCUACCCGAUUUGGUUUGUUCCUUGAGGAACCUCAUCAAUCUGACUGCUGCCUACAAUUUCUUCUCUGGGUUUAGCCAAGAAUGCUCCAAAUUGUUCAUCGGGAAUGCCGGUUUGGACUUGUCGCUCAAUUGUAUCCCCGGGAGAGACAUGCAGAGACCACAACCAGAGUGUUCUGUGAUCCCUGGAAGUGGGUUGAGUUGUCUGAGAAUUCCAGCAGCACAGCCUCUUGUUUGUGGGGCAUUGCUAGGGAAUUUGGAGGCUAAUCUAACAUCAUCAUCGCCUCCAUGAAUCUCAUUACACAAGAAGUUAGCGUUUCCUUCAAGGAUUUGAUUCACAUCUUUGUUAUAAAUGUUAUCCGUCUUUGAAUGGAUAAGACGUGUAUAUUCAGGUAUUUGAACAAGUCCAGAAAGGGAUUUGUAAAGAUGCUAACAUAAUAUUCAGGUAGGGAUGGAAUACUUGUAUAA